AUGAAAAGAAAAUUAUCAUUUUCAGUUGCCUAUCAACAAAAUAUUGCGGUGAUUGGCGAAGGGGCGAUUGGUGUUGCUACAGCUUUGUCAUUGAUAAAGCGUAAUAAUCAUAUUAAUUUAACAGUUUUCUAUGAUAGGCCGUUUGAGAAAACAGUUAGUUGUUGCCCCGCUGGUCUAUUUCGCAUUGAUAGUUUGAAACAUAGGCCAUUUGGCAAAAUAUCGUUUAAAAAUUAUGCAAAAAUAUUCCGUGAAGUACCGCCCAGUAUUUCAGGAGUUAAUCUUAUCUCCGGCCAUAUUCUGUCAACAAAUCUCACCGAACUUGUGGAGCAACUAAUCCAAAACCUGUUUGAAAAUGAUAAUAUAGAAUCACAAACAUGCAAUAAAAAUGGCCUUUUUUUAAAGGAAAGGAUCUAUGGAGAUAUUGUAUAUAAUUUCCGUUAUUUGCGGGAAGAUGAAAUGAAACAAUUUACUGAGCAAAAAGAUGAUGGUCAUAUGUUUGCCAUACAUUUCACGACAUUUACAACUGAAGGUGGUAAAUUCAUACCGUGGAUGAAGAAACAGCUUCUUAAGAAAGGCGUGAAUUUCAUUAAACGGCCGAUUACAACUCUUAGCGAGCUUUAUCCUGAUUUUGAUGUUAUCAUCAAUUGUGCGGGAUUAAAUGGUGGUAUACUGGCUGCCGAUGGAGAUGAUAAAAAUAUGUUCCCGAUCAGAGGUGUUGUUUUUAAAGUCAAUGCCACCUGGCACAAACAUUUCCUAUAUAAGCGUUUCCUAACAUUUACCAUUCCUACAACAGAUAGCGUUUAUAUUGGAACAGUGAAACAAGAAGGUCGUUAUGAUUUAGAAAUUACGCCUGACGAUAGGGAUGAUAUAUUAGGACGUUAUUAUGAGCUGCAGCCUACUAUCAAAGAUGCAGAAAUAUUAGAUGAAUGGGCAGGUUUGCGACCAGGUCGUAUUGGAGGUGUUAGGCUUGAAAUGACAACAAUCAGAUAUCCUACGUUAAAGAAUUAUGGUUUAAUGGAGAAAAUUGUAAAGAUAGUGCAUAAUUACGGUCAUGGCGGUCAUGGUCUGACUUUGGCAAAUGGAUGUGGUGAAACGGUGGCUGAUUUGAUUUUUGGUAAUUCGACGAAAAUUAUUUAA